AUGCUUAGUAUCCUAACUCCCGUGACGUUUUCGUGCAUCAUUGCAUCACCUCUCCUACGGAAAGUACUAAUUGGACUCGCAAUCAUUUGCGGAGGAACAUUCCGUCCUCUUCCUUUCCGAGUUGUGAAUAUUGAUGAUGAUAUUGAUAAAGUUGGAACAAAGCCCGACACAAAACGAGCAAAGAAAAGUGCGAUGUGCACGGAUGAAGGACGCUCAUUGCCUCACGCAGUGAUCAAAGAAGCAAGAACUUUGACAAAUAGCCUCGCCACAGAUGACGAAUGUGGGUAUUUAUUCAAGAAUGGCUUCAAAAACGGUUGA